AUUUAUGGGAAAUAGUAUGGUGGUGGAUUGGCACGAAUAAUUGCAACAUCAAUUUAUAAAAGAUUAAUGCAUAGAACAUGAUCUCUUAGGUCCUAUUGAGAUAUACACCUAUAUUCCAGAUGAUUAAGUAAAAAUAUUUAGUAAAUAUUAUCUUAUACUUAUAAGGUAAAACACUUUAACUUUCAGAUUAGUAAUAUUUUAUAGAAAAAACAAAGCUAAAUCAUCCUAAUUUACUUAGAGCUUUGUUUAUUGAAAAAUGCUCAAAUUUUUGCAGUCGUGAUUAAGAUAGAUUUAGGGUUUAUUAUGAUUAUCCUGGAAAUUAAACUCUAGAAACAAUAAUGAAAAAUAAGUAUUUAAUUAAAGUAUUCAAAAGAUAGAAAGCUUUUUUAGAAUCAGUUAUUUGGAGCAUCAUUUUUUAAGUAGUAGAUUGUGCUGAAUAUCUUCAAUAAUAAUUUAAAUCAAUUGACAAUAUAAGUCUUAAUACAUUGUAUCCAUAAGAGAAGUAUCUGAAGAUAUUUGUAAUUCACAUUUAUAAUGUAGGAAGUAAAUCAUCUUUUUAAUAUUAUUUCUUCAUAUGAUUAAGCUCUAUUAAACAGUAUUUCUAUUUUGUCACCAGAAUAAAUAGAUGAAUUAGAAAGAAAUGUUCGUUUUCCUUAAAUUAAUCAUUUUAAAAGUGAUGUUUAUGCUUUCGGAAUAGUGUUACUAUGUUUAACGACAAAAACUGAUUACAAAUCAUUUUACAAUUAAUUAAAUUAAUUGAAUAAGAAUAAUAUAUUUUAAAGCCUAUAAUCAACUAGAUCCAAUUAUUCAGAACUCCUUUCUGGUUUAAUCCAAAAGAUGUUAGUUGAUGAUCCAGAGCAAAGACAAUCUUGGAUUGAUUUGAAAGUAUUUAUUUAUUUUAUAUCUAAGUUAUUCUUAGAACCUUACAAAAUAUUAUAAGAGAAAGAUUAACCAUUUUAUUUGAAUAUUAAAUUAUGUCCAACAAUUACUCCUUAAGUAGCAGUAGUAUAAAGUCCUCAAAAACAUUAAAUUGUUUAAUAAAUACCUAAUUAAAGUUCUAUAAUCUCUUAAACAGCAUAAUGGUCUCCAAAUGUUAUUAAUCAUAAUUAAAACUAAUAAAUAUAAUAAAGUUACUAAUCAAAUGUAAUCUAUGCUUCUGAAGUUUCUCCUUAAAGAUUAAUUCAAAGUUAUAAUUUUUAGACUACCUAAUCUCCAUUGAUUAAUUAUUAAGCAAAUUAAUUAGUAUAAUAAUCAUCAGAAGCUAAUCACUUAAAUGAACCUGAUUAUGUUUAGCCAUCAUUACCCUUAAGAUAAUAAGAAUGA